UUUUUUUUUCUUUUGCGCAUUUGCGGGUUUGGGCCAACAGCUUCAAUCCAGCCAGCACUUGUCCCCAGCGAAUGCUCUUCUCGAAUCCCACGGUGCCUGCAGAGUGACCUGAACUGAUAAAGUAGAUACCACGGUCGGUUCGAGAUGCCGUACCACGGAUCGAAGCUGGAAACAGCAAUACCUGAAGAUGUGACUAUCUGGUCAUGGCUGUUUGAAACCUCGCAUUCACCUGCAGGAGCGAGGCCAUCGGGGGGCUUCCGUGAUGCAUCGACCGACCAGUUCCUCUCCUUCGACGACAUUCGGCGCCUUGCGACUCGCCUGUCUGCCAUCCUGUACCACAAAUACGGCCUGCGCGCCGGGGACGGUGUGUGUGUGUUCUCUUCGAACACGAUAUGGUACCCCGUCGCAAUGUUCGCGGCGGUCCGGCUAGGGGUCGUGUUUACAGGUUCCUCACCGGAAUAUGGCCCGGAGGAAGCCGGCUAUAUCAUGAAGGCGUCGAGGGCCAAGCUGGUAUUUGCGGAUCCGGGUUCACUCAAAGCGGUCUCGCAGUGUUUUGAGACGGACCGGAUUGUCCUUCUGGAGCCUGCUGAGGCAUCUGGCCCGCUGCCUUCAGUCAAGAGGUUGCUCGACGAAUCAGACUCUAGCAGCGCUCCAGCGCCUUUCGUAAUUCCUGCAGGGAAGAAAAACGGCGAGGUCUGCGCGUACUUGAGUUUCACCUCUGGGACGACAAGCCGGCCAAAGGGGGUCAUGAUAUCUCACAAGAAUGUGAUCGCCCAGGUCAUGCAAAUGAAGUCACUUGGCCGGGAAGAUCUUCCGAGGGUUCUGCUGGGCGUUUUGCCUCUGUUCCACAUCACCGGGCUCGUUCAGAUCCUGCAAUUGCCAAUCGUUAUCGACCAAGAGGUCAUCCUGAUGCCAAAGUUUGACAUGAAGGGGAUGAUGGACACAAUAACCAAGUACAAAUGCGAUGAACUGUGGCUGGUACCACCUCUUCUCAUCCGGUUGGUCAAUGACCCUGUCGCGGCUGGCCACAACUUGCCUUUGGUCAAGCAAUUCAACACCGGGGCUGCGCCUCUCGCGCAGGAGAUCGUGGACAAACUUGCGAAGCGAUUUGCACACAUCGCGAUACGGCAAGCCUGGGGAAUGACUGAGAGCACCAGCGCCCUGACCUUGACACCACCGGCAUUGCAAACGUAUGAGAAUGCUCACACAGUCGGCGCCGUCGUCCCGGAAACGGUGCUGAAGAUAGUGGAUCCCGACACCGGAAAGGAAGUCCAAGAAGGCGAGAGCGGAGAGAUCUGGGCCAGAGGCCCUCAGGUAACGAUGGGCUACCUUGAUAAUCCAAGCGCCACGGCAGAGACAUACGAUGAAGAAGGAUUUCUCCACACCGGUGACAUCGGCUCCAUGCUCCCGAAUGGUCUGCUUCUGGUCCAAGACAGGCUCAAAGAGAUGAUCAAGGUCAAAGGCGUAGGAGUGGCUCCAGCCGAACUGGAAGAUCUCUUGCUUGGUCAUCCGCUGAUCGUGGACGUUGCUGUCAUCGGAAUCCCCGACCCAUACUCUGGAGAGUUGCCGAAGGCGUUCGUCGUGCUAAGCGACAAGGCCAAACCUGACCCCCAGACGGCGCAGGAACUGCAAGAGUUCGUGCGCCAAAAGAAAAGCAGGAGCAAGUGGCUCGGUGGUGGGGUGGAGUUCGUCCCCCAGAUCCCCAAGAGUGCGUCUGGCAAGAUUCUGCGCCGAAUGCUGAGAGACCAAGAAAGAGCUCGUGCAAAGGCGUCCACGGUCAGAAGUCGGCUGUAGCCCUUUGCGGCGUUUAUGCUUUGGCCGAAACAGCCACGCCUUCUGUGUCCGCUUUGCGAAAGCUCGAGGGUAAGUAGACUGGUGUUCGAAUGACACAUGUGCACUAGCAGCGCUGCUCAAGGCGUCGAUUGCUUCGGUUGGUUCACUUGGCAGAGUUACAGCUUCGCAUACAGGCACGGCCACUCACUUGGAUGCUUCUUGGGAGGGCUAUCAUCUUGAUCACAGGAGGACGAUCAGCGAAGGUAUAAUACAUUAGGUGCUUAGAUUGCCGCUGAGGCUGUGCUACAAUGCUCAAAGCCUGACGACUCCACGGACCCUAAUUGGACAGGACACCAGCGUUUUGAAGGACUUUGACUUACAUCUCGUGGCAUGAAACUGGCGAGUGCUGUGAAGCAAGGGCUCGCCGUUUCCGUUUCGAUACCUCUACCGUUAGUUAACAAUAGCCUCAUGUCAAAUUAACA